CCGCCGCUUCUAGCCGUGGGCUGAAGGUUGAUGCGCGCUCUUAUUCUCCACCACUUUUACCUUUGCUCCCGCUGCUGUUUACACACAAGUCCAGACAGGACACUUGUGACUGAUUCUCCUCUUCGGGACCGACCAUGGCGUUUCAAGCUAGAGCUCUGGUCAGAACUAAAUGGCUUUCGGACGCAUUGACGACCCGGGGGAAAAUGCGCAUCUUGGAUAGUUCUUGGUAUUUGCCCAAACUGCGGAGAAACGCUAAAAGCGAGUUCAAGAUGAGGCACAUCCCAGGCUCGGCGUUCUUCGACAUAGACCAGUGCUGCGAUAAAACCUCCCCUCUGGACCACAUGUUGCCGUCGGAGAAAGUUUUCGCUGAUUACGUUGGGAAUUUGGGAAUAGAAAACGACACGCACGUCGUCGUAUACGACCGCAGUGAGUUCGGGGCGUUCUCAGCGCCCCGCGUUUGGUGGAUGUUCCGGGUGUUCGGGCAUAGCGCGGUGUCUCUGCUCAACGGGGGGUUCAGGAACUGGGAACUGGAGGGUCGACCAGUGAGUAACAACUAUGUCAGACCCUCUCCCACCGACUUUAAGGCCUCGCUGAAGCGCUCCUGGAUUAAAACCUAUGAGGAUCUCCUGGAAAACCUGGACACUAAAGAGUUCCUGGUGGUGGAUGCCAGGCCCUCAGGAAGAUUCAGAGGACUGGACCCCGAACCCAGAGACAACACGGAGCCCGGCCACAUCCCUGGUUCCAUGAGCAUUCCCUUUCACUCCUUUCUGUCCGAGUCUGGACACUUCCUGCCUAAGGAGAGGCUCCAGGAGCUCUUCAUCCGUGCUGGAGUGGACCUCAGCCGUCCCAUCUGCGUGUCGUGUGGCUCCGGCGUGACGGCAUGCCACCUGGCUUUAGCGGCCCACGAGUGUGGACACCCAGAGGUGUUUGUGUACGACGGUGCAUGGUCGGAGUGGUACACCCGUGCCGUUCCUGAGCACGUCAUAUCUGAAGGCAGGGGGAAGCAUUUGUAAUCAGCUAAGGAGACGUGGUGUGGGACCAGAUUACAAGAAACUCAUUCUGCACGUGAAGUUACUAAGUUACAGGCAGCUGUAUCUUGCAUACAGAUGGACAAAAACAGCCUUGAAUUUCUUUGUAAAGUAACACUGGAUCUGAAACUGACAGUACACUACCUUUACAUAAUCCAUGAAUACACAGAAGUUUUUACAUAUGGACGCUUCAACUCAGAUAAACACAUGCCGUCUUUGUUCACUUUGUGCAAAGACAGGUAUCAUCUGUUUUAUUUUAACCUUUAUCCAAAAGUGUGAUACUUACUUUUCACAGAAUGUAUACAGUAGUAAAAAAUAUGAACACUAAGCUACCUUCAUGUUGGGUUUGUUUACAGUUGGAAUGCUUAUUUUCAAAUAAAGUCUGGGUUUGCUUUAA